CUCCUGACACAUACACUCCGCUCGGUUUAUUGCACGAGGGAGUGAGUUAAUUCGCUGGACGGUUUCUCCUCUCUCCCGUCCUCUCCGGUGUGAAGUUCAAGGCGUUUUGUGUUCCUUCUCAACAAAAAAAAAAGAAAUACGGCAGACGUUUGUUAUUGGUCGGUUGAGGACGUUACAUCACUCCCGGUGAUGACGCGGCCCGUGUCUUCCCGCAUCCUUUCAGCCUUCCCGCGUCUUUAAGUGAUUCUUGUCGCUCCACGAACCGCUCCAGCCUCCCGACGGUUAGUGAGAGAAACAACCGACGAAACGUUUCCUGUCUCUGAAGGAGACUGUCUCUCUCUCUCUCUCUCUCUCUCCCUCCGCUCGCCGCUGUCCAGAGAAAUUAUCAUAUUUAGCACACCGGUGAACGAACGACUUUUUGUUUUCUGUAUUUUUGACGAAGAAGCUCAGUUUUCUUCUCGUCUAACGUUACCGAGACCCCUCGAUAUGUCCCUUUAGCUGCCCCUCGGAAUGCCAGACCAUGACAGUUCAGCCCUAAGCAGACAGACCAAGCGGCGCCGCGUGGACAUCGGGGUGAAGAGGACUGUGGGUAGUGUAGUCUACGCUCAGAGAACCAGAGAGACCAUCCUAUUCAACACCAUGAAUCAAUCCCACGGCCCCGAGCAGGACAGAGACUGCUCAUUGGUCCCUCACAGUCACGGUGGGUCCAAUGGGGACGGAGAGAAGUCCAACGUUCUCCGGAAGCUUCUGAAACGGGCUAACUCGUACGAAGACGCCAUGAUGCCUUACCCUGGCACCACCAUCAUCUCUCAGCUGCUGAAGAGUAACAUGGGGAAGAAUGGAGACAGAGAGGGAGCCUUCCAGGGUAGUGGCGGUCUCUCCAGCGCUGGGUCAGAUUUCCAAGCGGAGGAUGUCUGCAGUAACUCCUCCCGAGACAGAGACAGCCCCCUCGCCCCCUCUCCUGCCCCCUCCUCCCCCUGCCUCCCCCCCUUCGGCCGCCCCCCUCCCCCCCACCCCUCUCUCACCCCUCUGGACCUGGAGCGCCUCACGGACGAGCACCUGCGUGCCAAACGGGCCAGGGUGGAGAACAUCAUUCGGGGCAUGAGCCAUUCCCCCUGCGUUGCUCCACCUGCUCUCCAUCCCAGAGAGAGGGACAGGGACCGAGAGAAAGGGAACAAGACGGGGAGAAGAGAGGACAGGGAGAGGAACUGUCCCCCACUGCAGCCUCCCAGCCCUGGGUCUCUCUCAAGAGGGGGAGAGGGGUACAGGGAGAGUCGGGGGGAGACUAGAGGCGAGGUGUACAGGGAGAACAAGAGAAAGCAGCGUCUCCCCCAGCAGCAACAACAGUCCUUUACCCAGCUGGUGUGUGUCAGACAGGAGAAGAGGCAAGAGGAGAGACGACAACUCAAACUACAGCUAGAGGAUAUGCAGAAACAGCUUCGUCAGCUGCAGGAGAAGUUCUAUCAGAUCUAUGAGACUGAGACGGAGGAGGAGGAGGAGGAGGAGGAGGAGGAGGAGAGAGCAGGAGGAGGGGAGGACGGAAACCUGUCAGAGAACAGCGUGCGCUCCGACGGUUUGGAGAACACACACAGGGACCGCCGCGACAACCGUAACCGUGCCGACGGUAUCUACGAUGACCUGUCAGAGUUGGUUGACGACCCAGGUCUAUUUCUGGACCGAGCCAGAGCACUGUUACGAGAACAGGCCCUGUUGGCUGGAGAGAAGGAUGAGGAGGGAGAGAGGGAUGAGGGAGAGAGGGAAGGGGGGAGGAGGCUGAAGAGGGAUUGGGGCCAAGGGGAGAGAGGGGCAGGAGGGGGGCCAAUGCGAGCAGAGGGGAGGCAGCUAGCUGAGACUCUAAAACAGGAGCUCAACUCUGCCAUGUCACAGGUGGUUGACACCGUGGUUAAAGGGUUCAACCAUAAACCACCCAGCCAUUAUCAACUUCAACACCAUCCCUCUCAUCACAGUGGCUCCCAAAACACCCCCUCUGCCACUAAAGCUCCCUCACAGGCCUCCUUCCCUCCCUUCCCCCCCUCCCUCUCCACUGACUCUCGCUUCGGGGGAGUCAACAUGAACAUGAAUGGUGACAGCCCCAACUUUCACUCAGCCAAUCAGAGGCUGCCGUGCUUUGGCGACGUCAUCAUCCCGAGCACGCUGGACUCGUUCGGGGGCCUCAGUGUUCCGACGGCCGGUGACCAGACAGAAGCGCUGCCUCUAGUGGUCAGGAAGACCAGCGCCGAACAACACCCACAGAACCCCUGUCUCCCUCCUCCUCCUCCUCCUCACCCCCACCACCCCUCCCUCCAUUCCUCCCCCCUCUCUGCCUCUCUGGGGUUCUCCCCUCCCUCCUUCCGACACCCCUUCCCCCUCCCACUGAUGGGCUACCCUUUCCAGAGCUUCUCCAAAGACCAGCGCUCCUCCCCUGAGUCCAUGGACCUCUCCAGGGAAACUGUGGGGCUGCGGACCAAGAUGGGGUCGGGCGGGGGCGUCCAUUUUGUCUCCCACCACCACCACCACAGGCAGAGCUCUCCACCCCAACAUGGAGGAGGGAGCGAGGGGCUGUCGCUCAUCAAGUCAGAGUGUGGAGACCUUCAGGACAUGGCUGAUAUAUCUCCUUAUUCAGGAAGUACUAUCCAGGAGGGCUUGUCUCCCAACCAUCUGAAGAAAGCCAAGCUCAUGUUCUUCUACAGCAGAUACCCUUCAUCCAACAUGCUCAAGACGUUCUUCUCAGACGUCAAGGUACGGCUCACCUGUCUUCUCCUCUGACAUUUAUU